AUGUCCCGGCUGAUCUAUGCUUCUCUCUUAAUGGAAUACUCUCAGCUACCCCAACUCCUCGGCUCUCGGUUCGAUAGCCCGUUCCCGAGGCCUUACAAGAUCAUAUGCUCGAGGGUUAUGGAGGAAGCAAGAGGAUUGGGUUGCUCCUCGCCAUGCGGUGAGGAGGGAGAGGUAUACGAAGAUGUGGGUGGGGAAGGGGUAGUCCGAGCAACCCCGUACUAUUACGGAGACCUCACCUCGGACACUUCCGAGGACCGGAUGUCGCCACGGCUCGACGACAUGUCAAGGAGGCAACUCUAUGAAACAGCUUUCGACUCCAAGAUUAGUAAAUCGGAUGACGAUUUAGACGUAGAUGAAGUCACCCACAAAUCGAUUCUCGUCACAGAACAGAGCGAACGAGAAGAAUACUACAAGAGGCCCAAGAGCCUGAAAGAUCGGUCGAUAGAAGACCGCCUCAGCCAGGGUAUUCAAGAACUCGAGUUGCGACCCUUCGUCGCACCGACCCCACCUUCGAGCGCUCCUCUUCCUGCCAAGUUUCAUACUCCCCAUUGCAUGGCUUCCGUCCAGAGCGCUCCAGACAUUCCUGUCCGAGCGAAAGACCUCCGACUUCCUGUCAAGUCGAGUAAGCAUAGAGUUGGUCUUAGAACGAGAAGUUGUCAUCCGGAACCAGCUGACGAUUGCAGCAGGUCUCUGUUCGAAGAACAAGGGAAAACUAAGAACCGUGGUUUGGACAUUUUAGAAAUAAAAGGCAGGCCACGGAGGUUCAAGUAUUCGAGUACUGAGUCCAUGGCUACUAGCAGUAGUGGUGGCAGCCUCGAGUCCAUCCGAAGCAGUACGAGCGAAGGCAAUCGUUCGACUUCCAGCUGUGAGAGCAGGCGCAGCAGUUCCCUCAGCUCUCACAGCAGCGAUUCGACUGGCAGUGGAACAGGAUUCCACCCCAGCAUCAACUGCCUCAACACCAGGGUCUUCCAGCAAAACAAACUCAACAUUCUUUCUCCGAUAUCCGACAAGUCUUCCCAAGAGCCAUGUUCAGAAACCUCUGAAAACAAUAAGAACAACAACUCCGAAAGGGCUUCUCCUGAAGAGGCUAUUACUCCCGUUGGGGAGAGUCAGAAGAAGCGAAGAACACCUCAAAACAGAAAUCUCAUCAACCUCGGACUAUGCUUCGACCAAGAGGUCCACCAAGGAUCCGACAGCGGUAUCUCCAUCGAGUCUCGGAUCGGGAAGAACAACACUUCCGAUCUGACGGAAGACCUGCCGUUCGACAUGCCCAAGCUGAGGCGCAGGAGGAUGCAGGAGCCGCUGCCGCAGGACACCUCCGGCUCCGCCACUUCGGUGGACCUCCGCGACCUGCCCUUCGACAUGCCCAAGCUCCGCCGGCGGCUGCGGCCAACUCCUAGCCUCAACUCCCAAGCUUCCUCCAGCAGUGGUCCGCAAGAGUGUCCCAAUACAGGACCAACAAGAAGACCAGCUUUGAGUUUGGAUCUUCAUGAAUGUGGCCAGAAAAGGUUUUGGUAUCAUGGGGCAAUCACACGUCUUGAAGCAGAAAAUAUUCUGCGAAUGAACAAGGAAGGAAGCUUUCUAGUCAGAAAUAGUGAGAGUACCAAACAAGACUACUCAUUGUCUCUCAAGAGUGCCCGAGGAUUUAUGCAUAUGCGGAUCCAGAAGUGUAAAGAGACUGGCAGGUUUAUAUUAGGACAGUUCAGCAACCCGUUCGCAAGCAUCCCAGAAAUGAUCAAGCACUACUCCGUCAACAGGCUUCCUAUACGAGGGGCAGAACACAUGUGCCUCUCCCAUCCCAUCAUUGAGCAACUCUUAUAGUCGGAUUUUCGAGGCGUAUUUUUAUAAUUUAUUCAUUUUACAUAUAUAUAAGAGUAUGUUAUACAUUAUGUGAUUCAACUCUCUUAAACUUUUACUGUUACAAUUACAAUAUAGAAAAUUAAUUUAACCAGUUCAACUUUAUUCAAUGACAGUUUUCAGUCAAGAAUUUCACAUAAGGUGUUAAUAAGCUUCAUCAAGUUAAAUAAAAAAUAAGCUUAAGUCAAAACUUAUGUACUUUCAUAAGAGCAUAUAUCAUAUUGCAUCAAUCAUGGAAUAUAUUCAAUUUCUCUAAUACAAACUUUAAAAACUAAACAUUAAUUAACUACAUGAUGUCUUAAAUUAUAAAUUUUCUGGAAGAAAAAUAUAUAUAUUUCGUUCACUUAUAAUUUUUUAUAUCUGCAAAACAUUUAAAUUUUUCAAUAAAUUAACAAUAACUGAUAACUAUAGAACGUAAAUAACCAUAAAAUAGCAUUGAAAAUAUGAAGAUUUUAAAUUUUAAUUAACGUAAUUGUCAAUGAUAAUACUAAAAUAUAUACCAAUAUACUAUAAUAUUAAUUAUAUUCGAUGGUAUGUUUUUCAAAGCCAUACUUCUAUAAGACAUAAGUCAACAAACAAUUUAUGAAAAAUGAUUCUUUAGAAGUUUCAUUCUAUAAUACAGAGAAGUAUUAGAAUUUUGUUUUCUGUAACAUUUUUUUUUUUCAUAAUUAUAUAAAAUGGACCAAAUUAUACAAAAAAAAUUGAAAUUUGUAGUAAGAAAUCAGUUGUAAUCUCAAUAUAAAUUCCUGUUUUUUUCUCACCUGUUCCACAGUUGAAUUGUUAUGAGCUAGGUAACGUAACAGAUAGAACAGUAGCUUCUGUUGUAAAAAAAAAAAAUUAAAUAAUGGUUAGGCAUAUUAAUUUUUUUCUAGAUAAAAAAUCAAUGAACUAUGUCAGUAUUCAUGUGAAUGGCAGUUUGAAAUAUGUUUAAAAUUCUUCCUUAAUCUAAUGAUUAUAUUUUUUGAAUAGUUAUUUUGAUUAUGGUCUGUAUUUAUAUGGAGUCAUGUUUGAUGCAAUAUGGUAAAAAUUCACUUGUUUAACUAUAAAACAAUUUUUUUUAAAAAGAAUUCUCAUUAUUAAAAUAAAUAACCAUAACCAUGUUUUGAAUUCAUUAUCUGAAAAAUAUUUAACUUAAGAUAUUUUAGUCGAACAGUUUUUAAAUAGCUAUAAACCUGAAGAUAUGUAUUUAAAAGAUUUCUGAAAAGAUCAGAAUUAUAAUAUAGUUCUGAAACUUUAAUAUUUUCCCUUAUUUAUAAAUAGCUAUGUAGAACUUGGAAUCUAAACAUAUUUUAUAUAAAGUAAAAUAUUAUAAAGAGCCUAAAUAUAUCAUGUAAUCUCUCCUUACUACUUAUAUUUUAUAAAAUCUUUAUUCUUAUAUCUACAAAAAAAAAAGAAAACAAUUAAAUAAAAACAAAAAUUAGAUUGUUUCGAAGACUAUACAUUUAACAAUAUUCAGAAUGUUAAUAAUAUCAAGUGAUCUUUGAUGGUGGUUAUUUUAUUAUUAUUUAUUUUUUUGAACUUUUGAGUGUAGGGAUGCUCCAGUACAAUAUACCAAUGACAACCAACUAUAGGACAAGCAAUGAUUGUCUUUUUUUUCAUUACUUCAAAGACUAAUUACAUUGAAUUUACGUUUUACACAAUUUGAGAGUUAUAAUUAUCAGAUAUUUACAAUAAAAUUGCUUUGGCAUUAAACCGUUAAAUUUGCAUCAAUAUUAAUUAAAGAAUAUAUGCAUAAACAAAAAAUAUUCAGUAGAUUCUAAGAUAUUAGUGGAUUUCCGCCCAAACAUAACGGAAUUAAUUAAAUGAAACUAUAAUGUGUCUUUAAAAUAUGAGUCAUAUUGUUUCUACUGAUUUUGUUUCUUCAUGUGAAGGUGAUAAUAUGGCUUUCAAUGAUAAAAUCUAGUUCUUAAACGAAUAGAACAGAAAUAAUGUGCAGUUUGAUCUCUCAAAUCUGUUGGAAGUACUGGAGGGUUCAAGAAUUUAAAGUAUAUCAGAUUCUUUUUCUUAAAAUGUCAGUUGUUUUUUUUUAAGGGGAUAGGAUAAACAUCAAUUUAAAAAUCAAUUAAAGCUAAUAUUUCAUUAAUUAAUAAAAUUUUACUCCAUAAAUUUCUAUAAAAAUGCAAAUUUUUUUCAUUUUCUUGGUACACGGAGAGUUAAAAAAAAAAAAAUCAAAUUCAUAGAAGCCAUUUAUUAAGGUAUCAAUUUUAAGGAUGUUCAAAAUGUUUUAAACAAUCUAUCAAAUGUAUUUUUUUAAUUCUUACAGCUUUUUGCGAGAUUAAACUGAGGCACAAAGUUGAGCAUUUUCAUAUAUAUUUCACAGAAAUCAUCUCAAAAUAUUUAUGUCCACUUUAAUAACAUGAUGGCUUAUAAAUUCAGUUUCUUUUGCAACUAUUUUUACUUAUUUAUUUUUUUUAAAAAACGUAUAAGAAAUUUUGUUCAUAUAAAAUUUAGUUUUAUUAUAUAAUAUCAAUCUUUUUUUUUUUAACUCAAUAUAAAACCACAUAUCAAAUGGUAGUCUUGAUAUUUGUGCUUGAAAAAAUUAAUUUUAAAAAAAUAUGUUACCAAAAUAUAAUUCAUUAAAUGAUAUAGUCUGUAUAUUUGAUAAUGGGAUAGAAGUUAGAUGAUGUUAAAGCCAAAGAAUUAGCUGUGAGUUUUAUUUAUACUCUCACUACAUUAAUAUAGAAUUAGAAUUCAACCAUGAACAUGAACUUUGUACUUCUUUGAUCCACCAAUCAUACUAUAUUAUGUAUCUCGUUGAAAGGAAAGUUUUGUUGGAAGACAGUAUUUGCAAUUAAUUUCUAAAAUUAUUCAAAUUAAAACAAGAAAAUGGUAAAGAGAGGUAAUAAUUUGUAGCAUUAGUUUGCUAAUGUAAUAGCAGUGAUGUGAAACCUGUUAAGAAAACAUUUUACCUCUUUCAAUAAGUGUAUGUUCAUGUUUUCGCUGAUACUUUUGUACAUAUCGUUAGGCAUGUAAUGAAGGUAUUAAAAUAUUUUAUUUAUACUACGUUAACCCAUUCAGUGCCAGGCAUUUUAUUAAAGAUGUAAUUCAUAUUAAUAUUUUUAAGUUAAGUAUACAUGUAUAAUAAAGUAAGUUUUAUGUUUUAUGGUGUUAGGUUUUCUGGUGUUUAUCUGAAACAAAAUAAAAGAUAAAAAAUAUUAACUCAUAUUCAAACACCUAGUUAAUUCAAAUUUUAACAUUGAAAGACUUGGCAAUUUUUAAUUGUCUUACAUACUAUAAAGAAUUUCCAAGCCAUAUAAUUCUUAUUUCUAUUUUGUUCAUUAUAUUUUUAUUUUUUAUAUAACUACAAAAUGUAUUUACCUACAUUUCCAAAUGUGAAACAUUUGUUUGAUAUAAUGAAACAUUUUUUGUUUUGUUUUUAAUUUAAAAUCAAUAUUUCUGAAAAAAAAAAAAAAUGCAUUGGCAAUACAAAAUGAAUCAUAGUAUAAUAUUUUUUGUUGUGAAUUGUCAUGUUUUAAUUGGAAAAUGAAAUAUGAUUUCAUAUUUUAAAAUAUGAGCAAUUGAAAUAAUCUAAAAUAAUUGUGACUAUAGUUCGAAUUGAGAGUUGAGAGCCUGAGGACUAACUCAUUUGGCAGUAUACUGAAUCACAUUUUUUUUUUUUCUGAAACCUUCGAUAUUGCUUACCAAAUAUAUACCUAUAUUGAAAGAUAAUAUAAUAUAAAAGAUAAUAACGUAAUCUUCUAAUUUAUGUAUAAGUUAAUAAAUAUUUUUUAAAUAAUGUCUGAAGGUUACGGAAUAAAAUGACAAAGUGAUAAAAAAAAGAACAAAAUAAAAACAAAAUGUUGAAACUUAGUGCCGCAUAAGUUCGUCAUUGGGCUGUCAACUAAUAACAUUUAAACAAUAGUAAGAUACAAAGUAAUGUUAUUUCAGACAUCAACUAUUUGAUAUGAACCAAAAGUAUAACAGACAAUUUUUUAACCAUUCUUUUUUUUUUUUUAAUUUAAAUCAAACAAAAGCUUCUCUUGUCAUAUAUACAUCAUUUUAUUAAUAAUAAUUAAUACAAUUUAAUAUGAAAAAUAAAUGAAAUGUCUCCAAGCGUUUGUUACAAGCGAAACAAUAGAUUUCAGCCUAAUUUUGAUAUCAAAUUAAAACCGUGAGUGAAACAUUAUGGACAAGAAACAAAUUUAAACUACUUUUCUUAUUAAUUGUUAUUAUAAUUAUAUAACUUUUAGCUGUUUUCUGUUUAAAAAUUGUCAGUGUUCAUAAAUAUGAAAACUUAUUAAAACUUUAUUAAUCACAAAAUAUAAUAUAAUAAUGGAUAUAAUUGCAUCUUAACAAAUUCAUUUGGAUAGAUACCAUGAAAAAGAUUUGUCUAUUUCGGCACGUAUAUGGCCUGCCUAAGCACAGUUUUCGUGAUCAAAACUUGAAAGGGUUAACCCAACCUAUCGACAAUAUUAACAGGUAUUUUAGUUUAAUCUUAUACAAUUAUUUCUUCCACCCUCUCGCAUUUAAAGCUCUUCCAUAUUGUAAACACAAUUUACUUGCUAACCUUUAGUGAUACAGAUGUAAAAUUUUAUUAUAUGUAUGAUAUUUAAACAAAAAUCAUUCUGAACUCGACUGAAAUAGGGUAUGUAAUUAUUUUUGUAAAAUGUAGAAAUGUAUCGUAGGAAGACAUUGCCAAAUUCUGUAUAAUAGACGGAACUAAGUAUGCUGAAAUACUCUUAAAAUGUAAUGUAAUUAGUUAUGUAUACAUUUUUAGUUCUUCAAAACUUUUAUUUUCAUUGUAAUAUAAUACUAGAUUUUUUUUUUGUAUAUAUUUUUAAUAAACCACUUGGUUUUUGUAGUUACCAGUUUCUAGAUAAAACUUAUUUUUUAUUAGUCCUGAAUAAAUUGUAAUGUUGGGGCGAGAGGUAAAUAUUUCUGGGACCUGUUUGAUAAUUUUGAUUAAAUUCUUGUAAGAAAAUUGUUUUGAUUUUGAAGGCAUGUACUUAGGUUGUGAUAAUACCUAUAUAUAUGUACAAUACAUAUAUAUAUUGUUGAUUCAUGUUGUACUUUGGUAUUGUAGAUAGAUGUAUGUAAUUCAAAAUUGUCAUAUUUUAGAAUAAACUGUGUUAUAAUUCAAUUU